CUCCGAUGUCUCAAUUGGUGUCCUGAUGGUGUCCAAAAUAACAUCUGCCUUCAGAACUUGGAUUGGUUCUGACGGGACGCCUUCGGGUUCUGGACAGAGAAAACGCAGUUGGGGAAGCAGCGACAGACAGCAUGUGGAACAGGAUAUCCUGGAGACACCACAGGCCAAACGAAGCAAACACAGCCACGAAGAAGCCACCAGUCCCAUCGUCAAAGUUGCUACCUGGAUAAAGCAGAAAGCCACGACAUUUGGUGAGAACUACUUCUACCGUCCUGUCGACAUGCAGAAUGGAUAUGAAAACCACACAUCAGUGACCCAAGAACCCGUGCAAGAAAACCCUGAACAGCUUUUACGGAGGCGCCCACUGCAUCAGAGACCCAAAGUCGCCGCAUCCAAGCAACCAAUCAGGGAGAAGGCGGGCCCAAGGGACAGAAGGAAACAUCCACAAGGACCAGAUACAAGGAGAGGCAACGCCCUCUCAUCAAGAGAUUGUGAGGAUGGUCGAACGUCAAAAGCAACUCACCACCAGUUGGCAGAUCCUAACUCAUCCAGUUACAGUAGCGCAUCCUGCCGGUCAAAGAAUCACCCAAAACCUGUUAAUAGGAAGAUGAUAUCCAGUCGUCCCAAUAAUGGACCCAGACACCAGGGGCCUCUACCAACCCAAGCAGCCCCGCCAUCCAUCGGAAACUCUUACACCUCCGUCAACCAAAAAUUGUUCCCUCAAACCCACAUACGGAAAAGCAGUGUAUCAUCGGAUGGGGGAAGGAGUCAGUCAACAGCCAGUGAGUGUGUGCGUUUAGAUCAGCUUCAGAAUUACCAGCAUUUAUUGCAGCAGUUUACAACGGCUAACGUUAGUUCCUUUGCUAUGAACUCCACCUUACAAGUAAAAGACAGCACGCAGAAAACCAUGACGAGAAACACCGCCAAACGGAGAAUCCAAGAAUCAACCGAACUGGGUUCCGUCAUCGCUAGACCCAAGAUCCCAGAGGGGAAGACGCUUCACCGAACCAGAGUCCUCCCGCAUGAGUACAACACCCAACAGGAGAUCCGGGAAGCUGCCAGACUACGCCUUCAUGCACCUGUCUCGGAACUUAGUCCUAGCGCUACGCCGUACUCUAGCAGGCACACAGUAGCCACGCCCGCCCAACCCAAUUUCAGUCGGUCCGAGUCACCGAUCAUCCUUGCGGUCAAGCCAGCCCCCAAGCCAUCCACCUCCACCAGAGAACUAUCGCAGCUGACGGCGUUCGAACGAAGCUUAACCUCGUCACCAUACGCACUGCAAGACUGGGUCAAAGAUCUGAAGGACCGGUUUGAGAGCAGUGUUCGAUUACAUGAUAAAAAUGUUGAGAAGGAAAGAGCGACUGUUAACGUCUACAAACAUCAAAGAGAUGAACAGGUUGCACAAAUUUCGAAAAAGAUAACGGAAGAUAUGAAAAUAGCAGAACGACGAGCCGCCGUGAUCGAGGAACCUCCGACCCCCGAGAUCUCUGAAGAAGAAUCAUUGGAUGAAUCAUCGGAGGAGGAGGAGGAAGAUGAACUCCCUGAGAUGACAGAGGAGAUGCUGAACGAGGUCAACAACGCCCUCAAGGGACAGCCGACCAAUGAGGUCCUGACCGAGGGCUUCCGGUUACGGCUGACACGCAAGGACAUGGCCACGCUACAAGGGCUGAAUUGGCUGAAUGAUGAGAUCAUCAACUUCUACAUGAAUCUUCUGGUGGAGAGACCCGAGCAGCCAAACUCUCUCCACUGCUUCAACACGUUCUUCUAUCCCAAACUCCUCAAGGAAGGUCAGACGGGACUCCGCCGAUGGACGAAGAAGACGGACAUCUUUGCCAAAGACAUGAUCCUGGUGCCCAUCCACCUCGGGAUGCAUUGGUGUAUGGCUACCAUUGAUUUUCGAAGUAAGAGCAUCACCUACUUUGACUCUAUGGGUGGACACAAUCAGAAGUGCUUAGACGCUCUUAGAGAUUAUCUCAUUGAUGAACACCAAGAUAAGAAAGGCUCGGCCUAUGAUAUCACCGGAUGGACGUUCUCCUGUCCCAAGGACAUUCCGCAACAGAUGAACGGCAGCGACUGCGGUAUGUUUGCCUGCAAGUUUGCCGACUACGUAUCUAGAGACAAGAGAAUAACAUUCACACAGCACGAUAUGCCUUACUUCCGGAAGAUGAUGGUCUGGGAGCUGCUACAUAAAAAACUUCUCUGAACAAAAUGAAGAAAGAGAAGUGAAUAUUGGAACUGAUGGACUAUAUAUAUAUAUAUAUAUAUAUAUAUACACUCAACUACGACUGAAGUGUGCAAAGUGAGCUCUUUAAGUUGUUUUUGUUUCGUCGCUGUCGUCGUGGCAAGGACAUGUUAUUGUUACAAGCACCGGGAAUAUGAAACCUCGGAAUAACAAAAUGGCUGAAGGUGUGACGUUGUUGCAUGGAACCCAUUUGCAAGAAGUCAGAACCCAUUUCCUUGGACUGAGUAAUGACCUUGGUAUGACAUCAUUGGAGGUAAUUAAUUAGUUUUGUGAUAGCGGUUACAGGUCGUGGCAUGUUCUCAAAUGCCCUGGAUGUUUGUUUGUAGUAAAACAGGCACUGGUUACCUGCAGCGUGUUUCUAAUUAUUAAGCACGGCUGCAGGGUACCAAUUUGCACAACAAAAUCUGCUUAACACAAAGAACUUUUGCUUAGUAGAAACGGGUUCCCAGCCAAAAUGCAAUGUGAAUUGUAUUUAUUUGCCACUGAUUCCCCGGUGAUAUCUGCUAAGCAGAUUAACCUAUUAAGCAGCAACUAUAGCUACAAAGAUCAAUGAUUUGUGCCUGUGUUGAUUAAAAGAACUUGGGCCCACUUAAGCAGAAAAUACAACUGACCAUAUUUGUUUUGCUAAGCAACAGGAGCACAACCCAUAAACAAUGUGAACGACAGCAUUUUGGCUGAUAGCCUCUUUCUGCUUAACAACACUUUUCUGUGCUAAGCAGAUUUUAAACACACAUAACAAUUAUUUCUGUCAGGUUAAAAACAUUGGGUAAAAGUAUUUAACUUAUUUUUCUGAGUUUGUACAACCUUUGAUAAUUAUUUCUUUGAUGACCCCUGUUUUCCAAGUGCCACAUUAAUUAGUCCUUUAAGUAAAACAAAAGAAGAGAUAAUGUAAGUUAGAGUUUAACCAAUUAUCUUGUGCCCACCCCCGUAUUACUUAAAAGCAAGGUUGCACUCUCAGUAAAAAAAAAUUGUUGACAGUGUAUCAUUUUACAAUUUUGUCACAGAGUUUCUACAUAGAUGAAAUUAAGAUAAUUUAACUUUAAAAAAAAAGUGUACCAAAAGUGUAUUACAGGCAUAAUAGUAAUCUUGUAAAUAUGUAAAUAUACGAAAGAAAAAAAGUAAGAAAGAAGAGCUAAGACAGAUGUUAAGGUUACAGUGCAACCUUAGAUUAUGAAGGCGCUAUUAAUUAUUAUACUUUCAUGUGUUUAAUUAAUGACCCACACCAUACACCCUUUAUUUAACAAGCAAAAAUAUAUUGCUUUAAAAAUUACCUAAAUUAAAUUCAGGGUCCGUUUCAGAGAGCUGGUUGGCAUAUGCUAUAAAGCGUAGAGAAAAAUACUGGUAAGCAGAAAUAGGUUACCAGCUUGAGUGGCAUUCAGUUUAUGUUUUGUACUGGUACUCUGUUGACAUCAGCGCCCAAUUUCAAAGAGCUACUUGAUUAAAUUAAGCGGAAAACAUGCUUAAGUUUCUGCUUAGCAAAAAUAGGCAGGAAACCAGUCACUAAUGGCACAUUUUAAAUGAUGACAUUGUGGCUGGUAAUCUUAUUUGGGUAAGCGUAAUUGCUUUGUGCUAAGGCGGCUCUAUGAAAUUUGGCCAAGUCCUCCAACAGCAUUAAAAUCCAAAUUGAUGGUAAUAAAUAUAUUUAAACGUUAGAAAGCUAUUUGCGUUUAGUUCAGGAAAAAGCCAAACUUACUUUUAGACACUGAAGAAAAAACUGUUUUUAAAAACAGAACUAUAAAACUCUAAAAGAUACACUAGAGUAGUGUCAGGACCUGGGGCCGAUUUCACAAAGCAAUAAAAUUCAUGGCAAGAUAAAAUGUAGUUAUUAUUACCAUAGUGAUUUGUAUUGUGACAUCACACUUUACUUGGCAACUAUGAUUGAUUUGCAGUUAAGAUCAAUCUUUAGGUCAUUGUGAAAUCUGCCCCUGACAGGACUGACCAGAAGUGGUGAACUUGGAACAGUUUGCAUCAACAAGAAAAAUUAAUGAAAUAUGCAAGGCGUAUAUUUUUAGUUUUGUCAUUUUUCAAACAGCAUUAUCUCUCAAAAUUUGUUCAGAGGAAAAAUGGUCUUUAGGUGAAAUAUUGGGAGAUGCAACUUUAACCCCUUUCAAUAGACCACCUUGUAUGACUGACGAGCCCCUAAAAAUGUUACAAAAUCUGACAUGGGUUUAACCUAUAUGGUUUAACAAUCAAAGUGUUGUUGAUCAGCUCUCUGAAAUGUGACCUCAGUGGGUCUUUGUUUAUCUCCCCCCCCUCCUGUUCUUUGCACUUCACAAUUGUCCAAUGUUUAAACUUUUUAUUUAUCACCUUGUGUUAAAAGCAGUGACAAAUAUUUCCUCUUGCUGUUUGAGAGAAAUUGGCCAAUCCAUUUUGUCCCCUCACUGCUGCCUAGUAAUGGGGCACUUGUUGGAGUACACUGCUUCACGACACAGCCCCAUGCGACCAUCAACCACUAACUGCCCAAACAUGGGCCCAAUUUCGUAGAGCUGCUUAAACAGAAAAUAUUGCUUUAAAACAGUUGUCUGCUAAGCAGAAAUGAGCAGGAUAACAGUUACAAAUUAUACUUGUGACAUGGUAGUUUGGAUGGUAACCAUAUUAGGGUAAGCGUAAUUAUGUUAUGCUUAGCUACUUUUUGUGUUCAAGCAGCUUUAGAAAUGUGGUGCUGCCGUCACGCUCAUGAUUGUCAGUGCAUCCAGGCCUAAUAAUGGAAUGGUCGAUUGUGACCAUGGGGGAAGUAGUCCUUGAUUUUCAGCCCCUCCCAGGCAAGACUACUUCUUGAGAAUGGAAUCUUCCAUUCAGUUUGAAUAUCAUCAUUUGUGUUGUUCCUUUUUUUAAAUAGCACUUUGGCAAGACAGGACAUGGCUGCCAUGAAAUUACAGUCAACCCAAUAUGACUCGCAAACAAUAGGACAGAUUUUAAGAAUCUUUCAGGGAAAGCAAAGCUACAGGUAUUUUUUGUUUCUGACUUUGAAGUAAUUAUUCAGGUCUUGUUUGUCCAUUGUUUAAAAAUAUGUUGGCACUUUGUUGGAUCUUAAGUGUGAUUUUUCCUGAAGAAACAAGGACUAAGUCAAUGUAUUUUUUCACUUACUGGUUUUUAUUUCAAAACAAUUGGGAUUGGGCUUUGUCAGAUAUUUUGAAAAUGUUUGCUUGCGGUACGAGGUUUUCAAACUUGUGGCUAGAAGGUAAAUCGGAAGUCAAAACUGAAGCCAUGGUUUAACAAGGAGCUUCAUAAAGCUUUCAUUGAAAUAAACUCGGCAUAAUCAGGUUACUGGCUGAACAACAAUUGGGUGUAAGCAAACAUUUUCAACAGAAUUGCUCAAUAAACUUUUUGCCCUGGUGAAUUUAAAGAUGUUUGAAAAAUUGAAAUUAUCAUUUUUUUUGUACUUGAAAGUCUAGUUUAAAGACACUGGACACUGUUGG